GAAGUUUGGGAGUUUAUUUAUGGUGUUCAUAUAACUAAAGGAGAGCAAUAUUCACAGGCAUCAUUAAAAAAUGCAUUGGCUUCAAUCAAUAGACAUCUUCAUGAAUGCAAACUUGAUUGGAAAUUAAAUCUACUUAACAAAACUGAUUUUCCAACAAUUAAUUCUACUGUUGAUGAAAUUUUAAAAAAAAUGAAAAAAUUGGGAAUUGGAGCUGCCAAACCUUAUGACAGAAUAACUGAUAAAGAAUUAAAGCUUAUUUUAAAUCAUAAUGAAAUGUCACCAAAUAAUCCUACUGAUCUUCUUCAUCAUGUUUUUCUUUGGAUUUGUCUUCUUGGAUGUCUGCAAGGUGGUGAACAUCAAACUUUAUUAGUAGAACAGUUUGUUGAUACAGAUCAAGGAUUAUUAUUUAAAAAAUUUUAUCAAAAAAAUGAUCAAGGUGGAAUUGAAGGAAAUCAACAUACCUUUGAGAUUUUAUUUCCAGAUGAUAUUUCAAAUCAAAUAACACCUAAUACAGAUAUAAAAAAAUAUAUUUUGAUGAGACUGAUUAAAUAUAAAGCAAAAGAAUUUUAUUUAUGUGUUUCAAAGAAUGAAUCGGAACAAAAUAUUUCAUAUCAUUCUGGAAGAGAUAUAUCAAUACAAUUGAUUUUUAAUACUGGAAAUGAAGAAAUCAAAGCAAUGGCAAUAUCUGGACAUAGUUCAUCAUCUA